AUGCCCAGCUCGCUACCCUCUCGAAAAGCUCCACAUGCCAUGCUAGGUCCCUGCCGCCCACCUGCUCAUAAGCGCAAGCUUCAGUCGGAGAGCCUGAGAGUAGGGAUAAUGGCCAUCUGUCCUUUGCCCCACUUCGAUGCUUGUGCCGUCUUUCCUAGGUCCACCAUGACCCGCACGACCCGGCCACUUGCAUCCCUUCACCUCUCACAUGCAUCGGUUGCGCCCGCCUAUUCCGCUGUUCGGUCAUUUUCCUCUGCCAAAGCUCGCUCAGCGCUCAGAUCCUCUCCCGAUGCUCUAUUCGUCGUUACGUACAUGGUAUAUGUACCCAGUGAUGCCAAUCUCUGCCCGUACCACAAGAAUUCGUUGUCUCUGGGCUCAGCGUUCACACAGCGUAGAUUCUCCGUCGGUGAAAAACACCAAACUCAUUGGAGGGUCUUCCUCUCUUCUCGGGUGGACACCGACUUGUAUGGACGAUGGGGGGCGUGGCUAUUGCACAUAGGUUUGCUUGGGAGGAUGGAUGGUGAGCGUAGCAUCUCGCUAGCCUCCGUUCUGCCGAUCAGGUUUGAGUAUAAGAACGCCCUCAAGUGUCAACGUUGGCAAAGCCAGGACGUUCGGCUAUGUUACCUGCAAUCGAAAUUUCCUCAUUCUUCGUCCGAGCACGGCUACGUACCACGGCGGGUACCGUUAUGGUCAACUGCUGUAUACAUGGGGCUAGAUAGUUCGUUUUGGGUUCUCUUCGAGUUUUUCAAUCGCCAGCUGAUUCCGCACAAUCGUUACUGUGCUGGAUUGGCGUCAGGUCUCUGUGGUAGCUUGACUCUCGACGUCUCAAAUCGCCACCUGCAUGCGUGA